AGGCUUCAAGUUGUCAUCUUUUUGUUUACAAUUAAUUGUUGAUUAUUUUUAAUUGUUUGUGUCUUGAGAUUUUUGUGAAUGUGAUUUAUUUUUGUACCGUUUAAUUGAUUUUUUGUUAGGUUUUAUGGUGUUGUGAUUAAUUAAAUUUGGAUGAACAAGAUGCCGAUUCUAUUGGAGUUUGAAAAGGAGAUGUUGGAAAAUCUUUUGGAAGAUGAUUGUUUAAUGAUCACUUCUAGAGGUUUACCUCUUGAAAGGGUGGCUAGUGAAUUUAUAAGAACUUAUAAUUUACCUUCUAAUCUGAUAUUUGUUAUAAAUGCUUCAAACAAGGAGACCAAUUUCAUCAUGACAUCGUUAACAAUUGGGUCAAAGGCGGAAGAUUAUCACCCGAGAUCUGUUACUUCAGAGUAUUCAGUUAAUGAAAGGAAAAAACUUUACUUGGAUGGAGGGAUUAUAUUUAUCACAUCGAGAAUUUUGGUGGUUGAUAUGUUGUUGGAUCGAAUUCCUCUUGAACUAGUCACUGGUCUACUCGUUUUCAAAGCUCACAAGAUAGAAGAUGAAUGUCAGGAAGCCUUUAUUCUCAGGUUAUUCCGAAUGAAGAAUAAAACUGGUUUCAUUAAAGGAUUUUCUAAUAUUCCUUCGGCUUUCGUCGGUGGUUUCAAUCGAGUCGAUCGUAUCUUAAGGUUCCUUUUCUGUAAAAAGUUAUACCUUUGGCCUCGAUUUCAUGCAUCCAUCAAUCAAUCGCUUGAAAGUCGAGCUAAACCCGAGGUUAUUGAAAUAAGACUUUCGCUAAGUGAAAAGAUGAAGAACAUUCAAUUUGCUAUCAUGGAUCUGAUCUCAAUGUGUCUCAAGGAAAUAGGGAAAGCUAAUGUUUCUUUGGUUGUGGAUAUCGAUGAAUUAAAUGCUGAGAAUGCCCUGAGUCCUGGGUUUGAUAAAUAUCUUCGUAAACAAUUUGAUCCAGUUUGGCAUCAACUUAGUUAUCGAACGAAAAAAUUACUUGAUGAUCUGAAACUAUUGGCAGGUCUACUUUUAUCUCUCACUGAUGACGAUUGUAUCACUUUCUAUAAGAUUAUCAAGUCAAUACGUGAUAGUAUCAAAAUCGAUGCUAAAGUUUCAGAUUGGAUAUUCUGGGAACCUGCAGAGGUGCUUUUCGUUAGCUCAAAGGAACGUGUUGUUGAUUUUGUACAAAAUGCUAGUGAUCAACAUAUCGAAAUGAAUGGAAAAUGGGCUUCAUAUGUGGAAAUUGUCGAUGAGAUUAAUUUAGAAAUACGAAACAAAGAGUCUGAUACUCAUGUGAUGAUCGUUGUAAAUGAUGAUAGAACUAUUCUAAAGUUACAAGAUGUUCUCGAUAAAGGACCUAAAGCAGUUCUAAAUGAAAUUUAUAUCAAAAGUAAAUCGAUUCUUGGAGAUAUAGUUCGACCUGAAACAUCUAAACGAGAAGAAACUAUGGAAGCACCAAGUAAACGCCGACGAACCAUCGAAUUAGAUCCAAGUAUUGUAACAUUAACUCAGAUUGUCCGUCAUUAUGAUAACUACGAAAAGGAGACCAACAAAACGAAUGGACAACUUCAUUUACAUUAUCACGCUCUCUCUGAGGGAUAUUUACGGUUUCAAGAGCAGUUAAUUCAGUUUGAACCUGAAUUUUUUAUUCUCUAUGAUCCAGAUAUGGGAACAAUCAGGCAAAUAGAGAUUUAUCAAGCCUCUAAAAUGUCCCCCGACCAGGCCAAAGUUUAUUUCUUCAUGUUCGACGGAUCCUCAGAGGAGCAAAAAUAUCUGACAAGUUUACGAAAGGAAAAGGAAGCAUUUGAAAGUCUAAUUAAAGCAAAAGCAUCAAUGGUUGUUCCAGAAAAUAGAGAUGGUAAAUCAGGUGACAAUCCUGAUUUAAUUCGUGAACCAUUAUUUACUCAAGAAGUGUCCACUCGUCAAGCCGGAGGUCAAGUUGGUCAAGAAAUUAAACAAUUGAUUAUCGUUGAUAUGAGAGAGUUUAGAUCUAGUUUACCCUCUCUAAUUCAUAAAAGAGGAAUUGACAUUGAACCAGUAACCAUAGAAAUCGGUGAUUAUAUUUUAACUCCAGAAACUUGUGUUGAACGUAAAUCGAUAUCCGAUUUAAUUGGUUCCCUUAACAAUGGGCGUUUAUACAAUCAAUGUAGUGCAAUGACCCGUCACUAUAAACGAUCAAUUAUCCUAAUUGAGUUUGACCAGAAUAAAUCAUUUAACUUCAAAGGUAAAUACUGGGGAUUGGGUUCGAGGCGAUCAGAUUCUGAUAAUCUCGAUGUGAUGGCUAAACUGGUCCUAUUAACGCUACACUUUCCCGUUGUCCGAAUCAUUUGGUCACCAUCGCCACACUUUUCAGCGGAGGUGUUUGAAUACCUCAAACAGGAUAAAGAACAGCCAUCGGCUGAGAAAGCGAUAUCAAUUUCUCAAGAGCAACUUCCAGCCGAACACUUUUUAGACAAAUAUGAUGUAGCCGCUAAAAAUUUGCUCCUCAAUUUACCAGGGGUCAAUUUGUAUAAUGUUUACGCGAUAAUGAAUAAGGUUAAAUGUUUCGCUGACCUUAUUGACCUCACCAAAGAUGAACUAAAUCAAGUGUUACACUCACAAACAAAUACCAAUGCUUUGUAUGAUUGUCUUCAUUCAAAUUUAAUCACUUCUUGUGUUAAUGAUCAACUUGAAUUGGCUCGAGGGGCUAAGAAAAGUGUCUUCAAGAAAAUCAAGAAAAAGUGAUUAUUUUUUAAUCUUUAAUUGUCAUUUAAUCAAAAAUAAACUCACAGUUUUAAAACUUA